UGUAGAUAAUAUGUAUUUGUAGAUUUACAGCAAAAUGAUGUAGCCAAAUGCCCUCUCUAAAGAUUCCUCUGAAAGUCUCAGUGGUAAAAGGAAACGACUGAAGAAAAGAAAGCAAGAUACAAGCUAGGAUCAUGGCUCGAGGGCAGCAGAAGAUCCAGUCCCAGCAGAAGAACGCCAAGAAGGCUUCAGAUAAAAAGAAGGGUGGUUUGGCUGAGCAGAAGUCAUCAGCAAUGGCAGCUCUGGUCCACACCUGCCCUGUCUGCAGGACAAUGAUGCCAGACCCCAAGACCUUCAAGCAGCAUUUUGAGAGCAAACACCCCAAGUCCCCCAUGCCUCCAGAGCUUGUGGACGUCAAGGCAUAGGAGAGCAGCAGGCUGGAGUCCCCUGCCCGAGUGAUGGAUACACAAUGACGAUGACUUGAAGGAAAAACAAGAUCCCCCAACGGUGACUUCUGGGACCCCGGUGUUUGUUAAUAUCAUGGACAGAAUGGCUUUAUUCGGUGGUGAUGAUGCCUAUGUUGUGUGUCUGUGCAUGUUGGGAAAAGAACACUGAGUAAACCAGCAUCUGUUAUUUUUUUAUUUGUCUUUUGAGCAAAACAGCUUAUCUGCUUUGUGUCCCAUAAUGUUCCAUAACGAACAGAACGGUUGCUUUUGUCUGAAACUGCUAAUGACCGACCACAAAGCAAACAGCCGCCACACCCCCUUUAAAAUAUAUUUCGGUCAGGCCAAAACGCAUCAUUACGGAGGUGUGUCAUGUUUGUGUUUGAAUGGAUAUGACCAUUGUCAUGACAUUUAUCCUGCAUCAAUAACCUGGACUUGCACAGCAAACCACUAGCUAAAUUCAUUGUGCUUUUUUUUGAACGAUUAAAUACAAGUUGUGGAUAAAACAAAGAACAUGUUUGAAAGUUUUUAGCUUUUUGGGACCAAGGCUUUCCAGGCCAAACAACGCAAAAAAAAAAAGGCUCUGGUUCCGAUUUGCUUCUUUCCUCUUGGUCAUGCCUCGACCAACAGUACCCAGUGACCUUGAGUGUAUUGGGUGUUGUUCAUCCAUGCCUCACUGUUGCAAUGUUAAGACACCCUGGGUCAUGCAACCCCUGCUGCCCACCCUAUCGCCAUGCACUGAGGUUACGUUGUUCUAACCGGCCUCAUUCUACUACUGGCCAUCUUUGUUCUGGCCUUUAGGUGAAUGAGGCCCAUGGUGCAAGACUUGGGAAUAGAAUGUAAGGGUGACAUUCGCCGCAUUCAGGAUUCCAUUGGUUCCAGAACUAUGCACGUAUACCUCCUGAUACUUGCUCUCUUGUGGUCUCUUAAUCACUAUUUCAACUAAUUUGAAUUCACUGCCGUGAACUGAACAGUUCGGAUGACAUUUCAGGCAAAGGCCAAGACGUUGUAGCGGUCUAAUUUUUUUUUAUAUAUCUAUAUCUAGAUAUAAAGAUUCAAACUUGCGCAGCAUCAUGCAAUUGAAGUAUAAAAGGCUAACUAAUUAGUUACGACUGCUGAUGUAUGUUUUGCUUUUUAACCUUUUCAAUAAACGGCAAUGUAUUUAAAGUAA